AUGAAGCUGCAGACAAUGUUGGUGGUCGUGCUUCUCUCCUGUCUCCAACUCUCAGGUGCCGUGCAGAGUGGUAUCUUUGGGGGUGAGGAGGCCAAGCCCCACUCCAGACCCUACAUGGCCUCACUACAGAUCAGCAGAGUCCACACGUGUGGAGGAGUGCUCAUUAGAGAAGACUAUGUGCUCACUGCUGCACACUGCCUCAACCUGCCCACCCCUGGCUACCGUGCCAUGGAAGUGGUUCUGGGCGCCCAUAACAUCAGCAGCAGCAGUGAGCCCAGUCAGCAGCGAAUCCCUGUCAAGAACUUCUACCGACACCCCAACUACAGGAAGCCAACCCAGUACGACUAUGACAUCAUGCUGCUCAAGCUGAAGAGGAAGGCCCAGCUGAGCAAGGCUGUGAGGGUGAUGGCUCUGCCCAGAGACGACGGCUUGGUACCGGCCGGAGCGCGGUGCUGGGUAGCCGGCUGGGGAAGGAAGCGUCCUGGCAGCAGUACCGAGAGCGUCCUGAGGGAGGUGCCGGUGAGCGUGGUGAACCAGCUGAAGUGUAAAGACAGAUGGCAAUGGCACUACAACAGCAAACACAUGAUGUGCAGCAGCACCAACAACGGAGAGACAGGAUUCUGCCAGGGGGAUUCUGGAGGUCCACUGGUGUGUAACACCAAAGUUCAGGGCAUUGUUUCCUUCACACUUCCAGACUGCCUCACCAAGGACCCUCAGGUCUACACCCGUACCUCUGCUUUCCUGCCCUGGAUCAAGAAGAUCAUGGGGAAGAAAGAUGAAGAGGAUUAA